AACGGGUCCAAUUUUAUCAAAGCUUUUAGAAUGUUCCAAAAAUCAGACUGAUGAAGAAUCGGAAGAAGAUGAAGAGGUGACAUUUACUGAUGUUGAGCAGACCCUCUCCACAGAAUCUGAAGGACAGUUUUCUCUCCUUCCACACUUAAGGUGUGCAUCACACACACUGAACUUAAUUUUUCAUGAUGUUGAGAAAUGGCUUCAAGCAAAUGAGGCAAAAUUCAUCUACAGAAGUGCAACUUCAAAGUGUUCUGCAAUGUGGACAAAAGCAAACUGUUCUUCUGUUGCUUCAGAGUUGGUAGAUAAUUUUUUCAAGAAAAAACUCAUAGUACCUGUUUCAACACGAUGGAAUUCAUUUCACAACGCUCUGUCCAGGAUCACUGACAUUACCCUUGCUGAAUUAACUACUGUCUGCACUCAGUUUGGAAUCAAAUGCUUCACUGAUCGGGAUUAUCUGUUCCUAAAGGAGUAUUGUAUCGUGUUGAAGCCACUCACUGUUGCACUACACAUAUUGCAAGGAGAAGAGAACUGCUAUUUUGGAAUCCUUCUUCCAACUCUGGAGAUUCUAAUGUCCAGGAUGCUGGCACUGCAGGACAAGCUUAAGCUGACAGCAUCCCUCCCUGACAUUAUUGUUAAGGCGAUCAAGGUGCGCUUUUCCUCAAUGAUGGACAAUAAAGAAGCUCUCCUGGCUGCAGUCACUUUUCCUAAAUUUAAGUUACGCUGGAUCAGAGAAGAAGAGAAAAAAGACAUGGUUAGGGCAAUGCUUACUACAGAGUGCUGUGGGUUGUCUCUUGAAGACCAACAACCUGCUCAAGAUCACAAGAACCCUGCUAACUCCACUGAUGACAUUUUUUCAUUUGAGGAGGACGACUGUACCUACUCUGCUGAAACAGAGGUGAUGGAAUAUUUGAAAUCUGCUGGGUCUGAGCUGGGUGUUCUUAGCCAGUUUCCCAGGAUUAAGGCCAUUUCACUGAGGUACAACACAGCCACACCAUCAAGCGCACCAGUCGAAAGGCUUUUUAGCCUCGGCAAUCUUGUGCUUACACCCAGAAGGAACAGACUGUCAAGUGAACGCUUUGAGAGACUUACAUUAAUGACAUACAAAAACUUUUUCAAAAACAACACAGCUAAGUAGUACAAAAAAUGUUUUGGAAAACAUGAGUGCAUAAAGCAUGCAAGAAAUAUGGUGCUCAUUGGUUUGAGGAAGUUUCAGAGGAAUUCUGUUUGUUAACCAAAGUUCAGAGUUAACUUCACUUUGUUGAAUCACAUGACAUGAUUACAUACAUUAUGUAUCAAUAUAUUACUCAUUGCUUUGAAAAUUUAAAAAUUUUAAUGUUUACUGCGUGAAAUAUGUCAUGUUUAACAUUUCUUAAGUUAAGCUUUUUUGUUAUUCAGAUAUGUUGCAGAAAAAUAUAUUUGUUAUUCUGGAAUUGUGUUUCUUAGCUAAAGAAAGUUACAUUCCUUACUAAAAAAUGUAAUUAUUAAAGAAUGUUUUUUUUAUAGAAUGUAAUAAAGAUGAUUCAGGAAGCAAAAAGGCUAAACUAUUUCAUGUUGACUCGUAUUUUUUUUUUAAAUUAUUUAUUAUUUAAAGAGUUUAAUUUCUAUUGUUUGUCCACUCGAGGUUUAUGGGGAUUUUAAUAAGUAUUUAGUUAAAUUACUUAUUGAGUAAUUAAGUUACUUUUCAGACACAGUAAUUAGA